GGCUGUCAAGCAGGUAGCCAGCCAGACACUGGUCUUCCUCGCUUCCAUCUCCACCGCUCGUGCUCGCUCGUCAGAUUCUAGGAGAUGGCGUCGGCUGCAAUGUCUACUCUGAACCUGAUCAGUUCGUCUCCUCUGAACAAGCAGCUCCGACAUGGAGCUGGAGCCACCGUCGAUGCAGACCACGUCAAUGGCUUCAGCUCGGCAAGGCCAGCUCCACCGAUGUGCUGCUCCUCCAGCUCUCGCUGGCAAGCGGUCAAGAUGAGACCAAGACUGCGGCCAUGGCGGCGCGCCGGAAGCCGGGUCGUCGCGCAGGCCGGCAGCUACAAGGUGGCCAUCCUUGGCGCCGCCGGAGGGAUCGGGCAGCCGCUCUCGCUCCUGAUCAAGAUGUCGCCGCUCGUGUCGGCGCUGCACCUGUACGACAUUGCCAACGUCAAUGGUGUCACUGCUGAUCUUGGCCAUUGCAACAGCCCCGCGAGGGUCGCUGGCUUCGCCGGGAAGGAGGAGCUCGCCGGCUGCCUGGAUGGUGUGGACGUCGUCGUCAUCCCCGCCGGCGUGCCGAGGAAGCCCGGCAUGACGCGGGAUGACCUGUUCGGCAUCAACGCCGGCAUCGUGAGGGAGCUCGUCGAGGCCGUGGCGGACCACGCGCCGGGGGCGCUCGUGCACGUGAUCACCAACCCGGUGAACUCCACCGUCCCGAUCGCCGCCGAGGUGCUGAAGCGGAAGGGCGUGUACGACCCGAGGAAGCUGUUCGGCGUCACGACGCUCGACGUCGUGCGCGCCAACACGUUCGUCGCGGAGAAGAAGGGCCUCCCGCUGGCCGACGUCGACGUCCCGGUCGUCGGCGGGCACGCGGCGGCCACCAUCCUCCCUCUGCUGUCCAAGGCGAGGCCGAAGACAUCGUUCACCGACGAGGAGGUCGAGGAGCUGACCGCCCGGAUCCAGAACGCCGGCACGGAGGUGGUGGAGGCCAAGGCCGGGUCCGGGUCGGCCACGCUGUCGAUGGCGUACGCGGCGGCGAGGUUCGUCGAGGCGUCGCUGCGCGGGCUCGACGGCGACGCCGACGUGUACGAGUGCGCGUACGUGCAGUGCCAGGCGGUGCCGGAGCUGCCGUUCUUCGCGUGCAGGGUGAGGCUCGGCAAGGACGGCGUCGAGGAGGUGGCGGCGGCGGAGCUGAGGGGGCUCACGGAGUUCGAGGCGCGCGCACUGGAGGCGCUGAAGCCGCAGCUCAGGGCGAGCAUCGACAAGGGCGUCGCCUACGCGCAGCAGCUGCCGGCGGUGGCGACGGGAUGAAGCCAUCGCCGCCGUCGCUUUGCAGCCAUUUCUCUUCUUUUCCAAUGCAAUUUUGUACGAGUAGUGACAACUGACAACACAUGCGAAUCAUCGAGUUCAUGCUGAAUUUUGAAGUGACGGAUUUUCUUUUUCCGAUUUGGGCUGAGCUUGGUGGGAAUUAAAGAAUUUCAUCUAAAACAGUUCGAUUUUAUACUGAAUCCUAGGUUUUUCAGCAUGUGAAAUGAAAAUAAUAGGUUCAGGUUU